CUUCUCGAGUUCCGGAGUCGAGUCGCUGGCUGCCUUGGCCAGAGCGGAGAUGCAGCCGCCGCCCCGAAAAGUGAAGCCGGCUCAGGAGGUGAAGCUUCGCUUUCUGGAGCAGCUAAGCAUCCUUCAGACUCGGCAGCAGAGGGAGGCGGAUCUGCUGGAGGACAUCAGAUCCUACAGCAAGCAGAGGGCAGCCAUUGAACGGGAGUAUGGACAGGCACUACAGAAGCUGGCUGGGCCAUUCCUGAAGAGGGAGGGGCAGCGGAGUGGAGAGAUGGACAGCAGGGACAGGACAGUGUUUGCUGCCUGGCGCUCCCUGCUGGAUGCCACCGUGGCAGGAGGCCAAACCCGGCUCCAGGUGUCUGACCGAUUCCGUGACCUAGCAGGGGGCACAGGACGGAGUGCCAAGGAGCAGGUGCUUAGGAAGGGAACAGAGAGCCUCCAAAGGGCGCAGGCUGAGGUGCUGCAGUCUGUCCGGGAGCUGAGCCGAAGUCGGAAACUGUAUGGGCAGCGGGAGCGUGUGUGGGCCUUGGCACAGGAGAAAGCAGCUGAUGUCAAGGCCAGGCUGAAUCGAAAUGACCAUGGGAUCUUCCAUUCUCGGACCAGUCUCCAGAAACUGAGCACCAAGCUAUCUGCCCAGUCAGCCCAGUAUUCCCAGCAGCUGAGAGCAGCCCGCAAUGACUACCUGCUCAACUUGGUAGCCACGAAUGCCCACCUUGACCACUACUACAAGGAGGAACUGCCUGCCCUUCUCAAAGCCCUGGUCAGUGAGCUGUCGGAACACUUGAGGGACCCCCUGACCUUACUGAGUCGAACUGAGCUGGAAGCCGCAGAGAAGGUCCUGGAGCAUGCCCGCCACGGGGGGCAGGCCACCUCCCAGGUAAACUGGGAGCAGGAUGUGAAGCUCUUUCUUCAGGAGCCUGGAGUGUUUUUCCCUACUCCACCUCAGCAGUUUCAGCCAGCAGGGGCUGAUCAGGUGUGUGCCCUGGAAGAGGGGGCAGAAGGCACAGCUGGGGAGAAGAGCCUAGAGAGAGAGAUCCAGCGCUGGACGAGCCGAGCUGCCCGAGACUACAAGAUACAGCACCACGGGCAUCGGGUGCUGCAGCGCCUAGAGCAGAGGUGGCAGCAGGCUCCAGAGCGAGAGGCUCCAGGCAUAGAGCAGCGGCUGCAGGAAGUGAGGGACAGCAUCCGGCGGGCACAGGUGAGCCAGGUGAAAGGGGCUGCCCGGCUGGCCCUGCUGCAGGGGGCUGGCUUGGAUGUUCAGCACUGGCUGAAGCCAGCCAUGACCCAGGCCCAGGAUGAGGUGGAACAGGAACGACGGCUCAGUGAGGCUCGGCUGUCCCAGAGGGACCUCUCUCCUACUGCUGAAGAUGCUGAGCUUUCUGACUUUGAUGAAUGUGAGGAGACAGGGGAGCUAUUUGAAGAGCCUGCCCCUCCAGCCCUGGCCACCAGGCCGUUCCCCUGCCCUGCCCAUGUGGUGUUUGGCUAUCAGGCAGGGCAUGAAGAUGAGUUGACCAUCAUGGAGGGUGAAUGGCUGGAGGUUAUCGAGGAAGGAGAUGCUGACGAAUGGGUCAAGGCUCGGAAUCAGUAUGGUGAAGUAGGGUUUGUCCCUGAGCGGUAUCUCGACUUCCCGGAUCUCUCCUUUCCUGAGAGCAGCCAUGACAGUGAUAAUCCCUCAGGCGCAGAGCCCACAGCAUUCCUGGCCCGAGCCCUGUACAGCUAUACUGGCCAAAGUGAAGAAGAGCUGAGCUUCCCUGAGGGAGCGCUUAUUCGCCUGCUGCCCAGGGCCCAAGAUGGUGUGGAUGAUGGCUUCUGGCGGGGAGAACUUGGGGGCCAUGUUGGGGUCUUUCCGUCCCUCCUUGUGGAAGAGUUACUUGGGCCCCCUGUUCCCCCUGAACUCUCUGACCCUGACCAGGUGCUGCCAUCUCCUUCGCCUCCCAGCUUCUCCCCUCCUGCACCCACAUCUGUCUUAGAUGGGCUUCCUGCACCUGUCCUGCCUGGGGAAACCUCCCUGGAGUGCUCUGGACCCCUGGAUACAAUGGCACCGCGACUCAGGCCGAUGCGACCACCACCUCCCCCACCAGCUAAAGCCCCGGACCCUGGCCAUCCAGAUUCGUUCACCUGAAAGACAGGGGAUCACUGCCCCCAAUGAUGCUGUUGCCCCUCUCUCCAUGCUUUCACACUGCCCCCUCAAUGAUUCGGAGCGACACAGCCAAAAAGCUGGAAUCUCCCCCACAUCUACUCUCACUUCUAGGAGUAGAAACUUCUCUUUUCCCCUUUUCUGGGGCUAGGAUCCAGUCCCUUUCUCCAUUGUCCUCUGGCCAUUUUUAGGUCUGGAGCUGCCCCUUUGUCUUCUGCCAACACCCCAUCCUGUGGGUGGUAAAAUACCCCCAAAUCUCUGGGGUUGGAACCCACCCUUUAAAGUCUUGAGGGGCUCUGGCCCACCUCUGCCUCCACUCUG